GCCCCGACUAUAGGCGGAGAGGCAGCGGAAGGCGGGACCUAAAGGGAGCCCCGCCCCGCGGGCUCUGGUUUCCGCCCAGUGGAGGGCGGUCUGAGUUUCACUCACCAAAGGAGCCGGGAGGCGCUGGCGUCUCCAAGAGCCUCUGCGUCCCUGGCAGCGGUCCUCAUCUUCCCUCACGCCGGAGCCCCGAUCCCUGCGCCCCGGCCCGACCCAGCUGCGUUCUGUCCGGCUAAGACGCGCGGAAACUACAACUCCCAGAGCGCAUCUCGCCGAGAUCGGGCCCCAAGAGUCAGAUGGCGGAGGUCAGGUGACAGCAGACCCGCCUCUGCCAAAGUCUAGCCGGGCGGGGGAACGCGGUGCAUUCCAGACCGGCACCUGGCGAGGCUCCUGCGUCCCGUGAGGGCGGUUCCUCGAGCUGGGGGGCUCAGAUUGCUUUGGAGACGCUGAGAGAACCUUUGCGAGAGCGCCGGUUGACGUGCGGAGUGCGGGGCUCCGGGGGACUGAGCAGCACGAGACCCCAUCCUCCCCUCCGGGUUUUCACACUGGGCGAAGGGAGGACUUCUGAUCUCUGCCUCUUCCAGUAACAUUGAGGAUUACUGUUUUGUUAGAGCUCGCUAGGCGCCCUAAGCAACAGAGUUCUGAGAAAUCAAGAAACAUGAUAAGGAAUUGGCUGACUAUUUUUAUCCUUUUUCCCCUGAAGCUCGUAGAGAAAUGUGAGUCAAGCGUCAGCCUCACUGUUCCUCCCGUUGUAAAGCUGGAGAACGGCAGCUCGACCAACGUCAGCAUCGCCCUGCGGCCACCAUUAAAUGCAACCCUGGUGAUCACUUUUGAAAUCACAUUUCGUUCCAAAAAUAUUACUAUCCUUGAGCUCCCCGAUGAAGUUGUGGUGCCUCCUGGAGUGACAAAUUCUUCUUUUCAAGUGACAUCUCAAAAUGUUGGACAAGUUACUGUUUAUCUACAUGGAAAUCACUCCAAUCAGACCGGCCCGAGGAUACGCUUUCUCGUGAUCCGCAGCAGCGCCAUUAGCAUCAUAAACCAGGUGAUUGGCUGGAUCUACUUUGUGGCCUGGUCCAUCUCCUUCUACCCUCAGGUGAUCAUGAAUUGGAGGCGGAAAAGCGUCAUUGGUCUGAGCUUUGACUUCGUGGCUCUGAACCUGACGGGCUUCGUGGCCUACAGUGUAUUCAACAUCGGCCUCCUCUGGGUGCCCUACAUCAAGGAGCAGUUUCUCCUCAAAUACCCCAACGGAGUGAACCCCGUGAACAGCAAUGACGUCUUCUUCAGCCUGCACGCGGUUGUCCUCACGCUGAUCAUCAUCGUGCACUGCUGCCUGUAUGAGCGCGGUGGCCAGCGCGUGUCCUGGCCUGCCAUCGGCUUCCUGGUGCUCGCGUGGCUCUUCGCAUUUGUCACCAUGAUCGUGGCUGCAGUGGGAGUGACCACGUGGCUGCAGUUUCUCUUCUGCUUCUCCUACAUCAAGCUCGCAGUCACGCUGGUCAAGUAUUUUCCACAGGUACUUCCGGGGCCCUGUUCACGUGGCCGGUGGCAGGAGAGGCGAGAGCUCCAUGGCCCAGGCCCUGCUCCGGUGCGGCAGCUCCUGCCGGGGCAAGGAAACAGGAUGGAAAGCCACAGGGAGCCCGGGAGCCCAGCAGGGGCGGGGUGGUGGGGAAGCCAGCCUGCCGCUCUUCCCCCGGGCUGGAAUCACAGGAGCUCGUUAGCGGAGGCCCCUGGGACCCCACGCUCCCCUAAGCAUCAGGCGUCGUGCGGGUGGUUCCCCUUCUCCACACCCCAGUCUUUCCUGAUGCCUUUGGCUCUGCCCCCACCACUGCCUCCAUUUCCACAGCAGGAGACUCUGGAAAGGUGAGGUGGGAGGAGGGAGCCCCUUCCUGCACAAAGCUCAGUCCGUCCUAUGAGCACAGCUGGUCCUCUUCAGAUCCAGGGACUCAGGGUCCAGCACAUCUUGCCCCAUGGCCUGGGACAGGGUCGGGGCUGAAGUUGCUGCACCUGGGGAUCUAGGGCCUCAUUUAACUCACCCCAUUCCCAAAGGGAGGAGCCUUGUUCCCGUGUCCCCAGCCCUGGCAGCCUUGUGUUCUGUCAGCUCAGGAGGGCGAGCGUUCUGACUGGGAGGCAGGGCUGGACUCAGGCUGAGCAGGACUAAGUUCUGUGGACAAGGAGCCCGGGCAUUCCGCGCCAGGCCAGCCUGCACAGGGGCUGGGGCGGGACACGGGGAGGUAGUGAGGGGAUGCGGCUGGUUGAACAGUAUUGAGCGUGUUGAAGCUGGGAAGCUGGGGUCAGGUCCCGGGAGCUGGGGAGGGCUUCCGAGGAGGGGAAGGUUUGGGGAAGUGGGCCCCAGUCCCUGAGGGUGGGAGGGCUUGGGGUCAAGAAACCGGGGAUGGACGUUUGGAACUGUCCAGGACUGGAGGGACGGCAGCAAGUACGGAAGAGGGUGAGCCAGGACACAGACAGGGACCGACUGGAGGCUCACUGGGAGGCCACCAGAGAGGCCAGGACCUCUCAGGACGUCCCCACAGUCCCGCCCCCCAGACCCAGGAAGCCCCGGCCAGGCCUGGGGGGGUACUUAACCCCGCUCUACAGAUGGGGAAACCAAGGCUAGGAGAACUGUCACUUGCCCAAGACAGCAAGCUCCGGUGAUGGAGCCGGGAUUCCAAACCAGAAGUCCCACUCCCACCAGUCCCUAAGCACACGAAGUCCAGGCUGAGUCUGGGGACAGCCUUCCCUGGAGGUGAGAAGAAUCAUAGCUGCAGGGAAACUAGCGGAGGGCCUUGGCCCCAGGGAUGUGGAGGAGACGGGGAAGGCCGCAUCGGCCCCGCCUCCGCUGGAGGUGUGAGGUGUGGGGGCUGGGGGCCUUUGCUUGCUGUACAUGCAGAUGAGACGCCCACCCCCAGGGCCACCCCAACUGUUCCUUGGCUGAGGCCUGUCAUAGCCCAAAGGUCACUGUGUUCCUUGGAGCCAAGGCCCCAGUGGGAGGAAUGAGAACCGCUUUUGUUUGGAGGGGCAGUCACGAGGCGCAUGAGGCAGCCGCCCAGUCCUCACCGCCCUCUGUCUGUCUGUCUGUCUGGCCCAGGCCUACAUGAACUUUUACUACAAAAGCACUGAGGGCUGGAGCAUUGGCAACGUGCUCCUGGACUUCACCGGGGGCAGCUUCAGCCUCCUGCAGAUGUUCCUCCAGUCCUACAA